AUCACAAUGUUUAAAAUCAUUGUGAUUAACAUAUUUUGAAAUCAUUGUAUUAUUUCCUGUUUGAAUUUGUACUUGCUCUACAGUCACUGCAGAUACACUGUGUGUGUGUACGCCUGUGUGCGUGUGUGUGUGUGUGUGUGUGUGUGUGUGUGUGUGUGUGUGUGUGUGUGUGUGUGUGUGUGUGUGUGUGUGUGUGUGUGUGUGUGUGUGUGUGUGUGUGUGUGUGUGUGUGUGCGUGUGUGUGUGUGUAACAGUGCUGCACAGAGUGUCUCUGAUUGGCUGAGGGUGAAAGCUGCUGAGCACCAAUAGCAGUCAGAGCCGUACAAAGAGAUCUUCUCCCUCCCCCCAUACUUAGCAACACAACCACAAUGCUCAGUGUAGAGAGGAGAGAAGGUACAUCAGUCAUGUACUGCCAGGAUUUCAUUUAUUUGGGUUUAUAUUUUUGACGAUGAACAGAUUUUGUUUUCCCUCACUAUGUCGCAUGUUGGGAAUAUGGAUUUUGUCUUCAUGGUCUGUCUUCUUUUGGAUUGGAAUUGAUGCAUUUUAGAGGAUCAAGGAUGACAAAGACAAUAGGAUACAGAGACUGGAGAUGGCAGGCUCUUUUGUGGCAUCACGUCUUUCUCUUGUGGACUACAGUGGAUGCACAGACUCGUUACAGCAUCCCAGAGGAGCUCAAACAAGGUUCUGUGGUGGGAAAUCUGGCCAAAGAUCUGUCUUUGGGACUGUCUGAGAUAUUUGAGCGCAAGCUGCGUGUCGCCUCCGAGGUUGGUAAGCAGUAUUUCAGCGUGGAUGCGGGGAAGGGCGAGCUGCUGGUCAAUGACAGAAUAGACAGAGAGGCUUUAUGCGGACAAAGCGCCAGCUGUGUGCUCCCUCUGCAGGUCGUGGUGGAAAAUCCGUUGAGAUCACAUCGAAUUGAGGUAGAAAUUAAAGACAUUAACGACAAUUCACCACAAUUUCAUACAAAAGAACUAUCUUUAAAUAUUGCUGAAUCUGCUGCUGUCGGGACUCGUUUCCUUUUGGAAAGUGCGGAUGAUUACGAUGUUGGAAGUAAUUCGGUAAAGACUUACACGUUGACUAAAAAUGACUGCUUCACGUUGAAGAUGAAGGAGGUUGAGGAUGGUAAAUUAGUGCCCGAGUUAGUGUUAGAAAAGCCUCUGGACAGAGAGAAGAAAGCAUCUUAUCAGCUCCUCUUGACUGCUUUGGACGGAGGGAAUCCAGUCAUGUCUGGCACUGCACAAAUUAAUGUUAUAGUGCUUGAUAACAACGAUAAUUUCCCAGUUUUUGACAAAAAUGUAUACAAAACCUCCUUGCAAGAGAAUGUGGCAAAAGACACAUUUGCACUUAAAAUUACAGCGAAUGAUGCAGAUGAAGGACCAAAUGCAGAUGUAGAAUAUAUUUUUAGCACACGCACACCUGAUUCUGUCUUAUCUGUAUUUGAAUUAAAUUCAGAAACAGGUGAAAUAUUACUAAAAGGAGAAUUAGACUACGAAAAAGCUGCGUCUUACAAAAUUGAAGUGAUUGCCAAGGACAAAGGAUUUCCUGUGAUGGAAAGUCACUGUCGGGUGCAGAUUGAUGUUAUUGAUGUUAAUGAUAAUGCUCCUGAAAUUAUCCUCACCUCAGAACUGCAGCCGGUCAGGGAGGAUGCACCAAGAGGAUCAGUUGUGGCUCUGCUAACAUCACGUGAUGCAGACUCUGUUAAUAAUAGCAAAGUAACAUUGCAGCUACAUAAAAGCUCCCCUUUUGCUCUGAAACCGUCUUUUUCUAAUAGUUAUGAACUAGUAACCAGUGGUGCUUUAGACAGAGAGAGAGUGUCUGAGUACAAGAUUGAGAUAACAGCCACUGAUUCAGGAUCUCCUCCUCUCUCCAGUAAGAAAAUGAUAUCUGUCAGCAUCACUGAUGUCAAUGACAACCCUCCUGUAUUCUCUCAGAGCUCUUAUAAUGUAUAUCUAAAAGAGAACGGAGUAGCAGGUUCUAUACUGUACUCGGUGUCUGCAUGUGACCUGGAUGCUGGCCAAAACGCCAAAGUGUCUUACUCUAUCGUGGACUCUAAAGUGCACGACGUGUCCGUGUCGUCUUACGUUUACAUGAACUCAGAGAACGGCAGCAUCUACAGCAUGCACUCCUUUGACUACGAGAAAGUCAAAGUGUUCCACAUUCAGGUUCAGGCAAAGGACCAGGGCUCUCCGUCUCUCAGCACCAACGCCACCGUCCAUGUUUUCAUCCUGGACCAGAACGACAACGCCCCCGCUGUCAUUUACCCUUCCCCCCAUGCCGCCUCCCACCUGCGGGUGCCCCGCACGGCCAAGGCGGGCCACCUGGUCACCAAGGUGACGGCCGUGGACGCGGACUCGGGCCACAACGCCUGGAUCUCGUACAAAGUGUCUGAGGCCACAGACGCCUCUUUGUUCACGGUCAGUGUGUACACAGGGGAGGUGAGGACUAAACGCGCUGUGUCCGAGCACGACGACUCCUCUCAGAGGCUGCUUGUAGAGGUCCAGGACGACGGGGAAGCGGUCCAGUCGGCCACCGUCACGCUGUCCAUCCUGCUGGAGGACGGUGUGAGCGAGCCCAUGUUGGAGCUGAGACACAAGGUGUCGGAGCCCAGUAAGACAAGCGGCACAAUCACGCUUUAUUUGAUCGUGUCUCUGGCCUCGGUGUCCGUGCUGUCUCUGGUGACUUUGCUGGUCUUAGCGGUGAAAUGCUUGAGGAGCAGCGGAAGCGACGCUAGUUGCUGCAUGAGACGGACACACUGUGAUGAGGACAAGAAGCCCAACAGAAACCUGCACAUUCAGCUCAACAGUGAUGGACCUAUCAAGUACGUGGAGGUUCUGGGAGGAGACGUCAUGUCUCAGAGUCACUCCUUCAGGUCGUGCAUGUCUCCAAUGUCAGAGUACAGUGAUUUCACUUUGGUGAAGCCCAGCAGCACCACUGACUUUAAGGAGGUCAUCAGCGUCCUGGACGCCUCUUUACCUGACAGCACCUGGACCUUUGAGAGCCAGCAGGUGAGUAGAGAAUUUUACAGGACAUGACAAAAAUUUGACUCCAGUUUUUAAAUCUGGAAAAGAGACAACCAAUAUGUUCCUCCGAUUAUGAAAAAAUGUUAAAUUACUUUUAGUUGGAACUUUAAAAAUAAAAUGUAAAUACAUAAAACUAUUUUCUCCAAAAAUUUAAAAAAAUUGUAAUGGCUUUAUUUGGAAUUUUCAAAAUAGAAUAUAUUUACAUAUUUUUGUGCAUGUUUUAAUUUAGUGUAAUCCAUGUUCAUCCAUGAAUGUAGUAACACAUUGUGUAAAUACAGUCAACACACUUUGUAUUGUGUAAAGUCGUCGUUGAUUUCAGGUCCAUUCUCAGGUAGCAGUUUCAGCACCAUGUUGAUGAACAGCGACAUUGACCAAUGUUACAGUAUAGUCCAUUAAACAGGCUUGUUUUAAACAUCCUUUUUUGUAAGGUGUACCGAAUAUUUUGGCCACUGACAGUUGGCAUAACAUAUGUAUUUGCUAAUAGUUACUAUAUCUAAUAUAACACUACAUAUUUUCUUGUUUUUGUUCAGAAUAUAAGUCAGUGAUGUUAUUAUGUCUAUAAAAAUGUCAGUUUGACACCCACUUAACAAGCCUGUAUUAACAAUCUUAAUAUUGUUUUAUUAUAAUGAAUGUCAACAAAUAUGUUGGUUGUUGUUUGCAGUUUAUUACAACCGCAACUGCAUAUUUCUCUAAUGUGUUCCUCUUAUUUAGCUAUAACAGGUAAACAAAAUAUUAGGAACUGCUAUUGCAGUGCAGUUCUACAUGACUGUAAAAAAAACAUCCACAACAAUACAUAUAACUAUCCCUGGGUAUUAUUUCGUCUGUAUGGGCAAAAUGUGUAUAUUGGAAGAACAUAUGAAAAUAAUGCUGUGGGCAUGAAUCACAAUGUAUUUGUUGGUAUUAUCAAAACAUUGGUUGUUUCCCUAAGGAAAU